GGAGGAGGUGGCAGGCGAAGGUCCAGGUCCAGAUCCCCACCACGCAGACGGGGUGGUUCCAGGUCCCCUCCCCGUGGUUACGGUGGCGGCUACAACAAUGCCAACGAUCGGGGAGACAACUGGGAAUGUUCUAAGUGUUUUUUCAGUAAUUUUGCACGAAGGUUUGAGUGUAUGAAGUGCAGGACGCCUAAAAGUGGAGGCUCUGGUGGCGGAGGCAGAGUGGGUGGUGGUGAUCGUGGUGAUCGACGGGGCGGUGGGCCAGAACGCAGAGCUGGGGAUUGGAAUUGCAAAGAAUGUGACUUCAGUAACUUCGCCAGCCGAGAUGCCUGCUACAAGUGCAACGCUCCUAAAUAGAGCAAUCCUCCAGCCUAUGCCUGACAAUGUCUUGUUUGGAACUUUUAUUGGACUCCGUGAAACUUACAAAGGAUUUGACCAAUUAUGACUGAUCUUAUGAUGCAAACUGAAUUUUUCAGAAUUUUUCACGUUUUAAAACUUUUUAAGAUGUUUUAAAUGUAAAACAUGCUACUAUGGGGGGAAGCCAAGGGGAAUUUUGUGGUAUUUUGGGAAAUACCUUCAUGGAUUUUGGAAAACCUCCAUAAUAGAGUCCCGCAUAAUACCACAAAAUAGCACAAAAUUCCCCUUGGCUUCCCCCCUACUAUUAUAUCAUAUGUUAUCUCGCCGAAUGCUUAUUCUAUUUUUCAAUGAUAAUUAUCUGUAUUCUAAAGGUUGAUUUUAUUGCAUCGAUUAUCGUCCGUAGAUACUGCAAUUGCCAUUUGCAUUGAUCAAUUGUUUAGAUACUCACUUUUCAAGGGAUCGUUCACAUAAAACGUAACCAGACUUUUGUCUUUUUUUUAUAAAGACCCCUCCUCCCCACAAAGCUUACAAUUUUUCUAAACCCCCUCCCCUAGCUAUGAACGAUCCCUAAAUGUGAUGGUGUAACUUAGAGGAAGGACGAAGACCAAACUUUAUUGGCUGCUUAUAAACCCCUUCAAACUCAUCCUCCGUAUUCCUGAAAUAAAAUAUUGCAUAUUUAUGUUAUUUAUGUAUUUAGUUGCGAGUUUUGAGUAAUAAAAUUAUCCAUGAGCGUAAAUUGUAAAUGUUUUAGGUAUGGGUGACCGGUACGGUAGUCGAGGCGGCGAUAGUCGGCCAGGAGAUUGGGUCUGCUACCAGUGCGAGACCAACAACUUUGCACGCCGCGAUAAGUGCUUCAAAUGUCAGGCCUCCAAAGGUGAAGAUGACGGCGGUUAUGGAGAUGAUGGGUACGGUCACGGCGGUGGCGGUGGUGGAGGCUAUGGCGGUGGUGGUGGGGGUGGUGGUUACGGUCGCCGUGGGGGUUACGGUGGUGGUGGUGGUGGUGGAGGCGGCGGUGGCGGUUAUAGAGGUGGUUAUGAUGACGGAUAUGGUGAUGACUACGGACACCGGCGGAUGAGAAAUAGGUCACGCUCACCCCCUAGAUUCGAGAGCAGAGACCGUGGCAGCGGCGGUGGUGGCGGCGAGUACAGGGAGGGAGACUGGGAAUGUUACAAGUGUGGUACCAACAACUUCGCUCGUCGCGAGGAGUGCUUCAAGUGCAGUCAUUCUAGAGGCGGCGGUGGUCGAGGCGGCGGCGGACGUGGUGGUGGUGGUGGUGGUCGGGGCUCUGGUAGAGGCGGCGGCGGCGGUGGUGGAGAGGACAACUGGCGAGAGGGCGACUGGAGUUGUAAUAGCUGCCAGCAACAUAACUUUGCGAGAAGGGAUCAGUGCUACAAGUGCGGGGAGCCUAAGUAAACUGCAGCUAGCUGAAUAGUUGAUACCUUACUGCAAUCUAAUACUCUAUUACAGUAUAGCUGUUUAUCGUAUAAUUUUAUCAAACCUUUAUGUCUGCACUGGCGAUGUUGUGACAAUGUUUUUAAAGUACGUCAUUCCUCCAAUUCCUUCACCCAGUUCCUAUUUGAAUCUUUCGCUUUUGUAUAACUUAUUCAAUUAUUUUAUAACAUAAUUUUAUAUAUCUUAUCUUAUUUGUUAAAAUUAGAAGCAAAGUUGAAAAUUGAAUUGAAAAGUUAGAAAUGAGCUGAAACUACUUUGAAAAGUUAUCCUCUAUAAUGCAUCUGUCAAAUUAUUAAUAGUUAUACAUAUGAUUGUUUAUAACCCA